AUGUUGGACGUAGAAGGCGACAGCUUUCACGUCACACGUGAAGGCUACUCCCAUCUGAUUGACUCAGAAUGGGAGGCAGUCGGCCGCAUGAGUGUGCUCAUGGGCGAACCCGCCAUCAACGGCAUGUUGGAGUCUCUAAGCAGAGACCAGCAACAUGCUGCUAUCAACAAGUUCCUACAAGGGGAACUUGCCGUCGAAGGACAGAAAACAGACUUCCUACAGCAGCAAGGCUCUCAUCAGUCGAUGGGCAGGACGCACAUGCGUCGACUCGAAACCUUGAAUACUGAUAUCUCAAGGUACAAGGGAACAGAUGAAGAUUCCCUUUUGGGAUGGUUCGUCGAGCUAGACGACGCCAUCAGAGCCCGUCACAUCGAGGGUGACAAGAUGCAAGUCACCUAG